AGUGUAGUAUCAUGAAUUGACUUUUUUAGUAUAAUUUUUUUUAUCUUUUAUUAUGUUAGUAUUAAAAAGGAAAUUAUAAUUUAAAUUCAGGAUAAUAUGGCGACAAAUGAUCGGUAUACGUGUCCACAUAUCUGUCCAACCACCCGUGGACAUGAGGAAGAAAUUAAACCAGAAGAAGCUGCGGCCAUUGACAAAACGGAAAAUGCUCAUGCCUCACCGUAUGUACCUGGAAGAAUCAAACCGCCAGAACCUAAGGUCUAUCCCCCUGGCGCCCCGCCAAAGUAUCUUCCCCAACCUACAGAUAGUACCAGUGGAGAUAUUCUUAUGAUGGGACCUAUUGGCCCUUGGGCAGCAGGCCAUUUAGAUUGGUCGCCACAUGCCGGCACAACGGGCGUUAGACCAGUCGUCGAUAAAUACUCCAUAACCAGAUAUUCUACUGGAGAGUGGCGAAAGAACAAUCAGUUUACCCUCACUCCACGAGCGACCGAUAAAGCGAAGGCUUUGGAAGCGCAAGCUAAGAUGGAUAUCCAAAACACUUUUAUCAAUAUGGAUAAAAAACACGAUGAAUCUAAUAAAAAGUUGAACAGUCGAAUCAAAGACUUGUCGUAUUGGAAAGAACAGGUUCAGCUAGCAUUGGACAGAAUUACUGAGGAGCUGGCUAUGUUAGAUGAAAAUAGAGCCCGAUUGAAAGGUGCUUGUAGAAUAUUAAUGUUGCCUGAAGCGAUAUCUAGAGAAUGUUUGGAGCUCCGCACGAGUAGAUAUGAGCCCGAUUUAGUCAGAGACGAAGCCGAGCAGGAGUUAAUUAAAGAAGUAGCCAUUGUGGGGGAAAUAAGAAGAGUAUUUAAUAAUACUUUAGCAAAAACUGAAAGGCAAAUUGAAAUGAAUAAAGCGGCCAAGGCUGCCAUCGAACUCGACUGGAGUGAUAAGGAAGUAUCUUUAAAACUCGACAGGCUAAAUGCCAUGCUAUCUCCACAGUCCAAUUUAGUAUUGGCCCACCCCGGCGUCACCAGGUGGCCUGAAAAUAGCACUACGCUCGAAUAUUGGGAGCACUAUUGCUCAGAGAGCAUCAGAAAUUGUGAAGAGGUUAGGAAAAAGUCUGAGCAACUUCGAGCAGAUUUGAUGACGGCCAUCAUUAAGGGAGGUCAAGAUAUGAAAAUCCAAGCGGACAGAACCAACGCUGCACUAGCUGAAACGAUAGACGCAACGGAACAGCUGUGUGAAAAAUUAGAAGAAAAUUUAAAAGAGAAUUUACAAAAGAUCGCUGAUAUAGAAAAUCUAAUAGAUCAUAUUAAAGAGUCGUUACGGAAUAUACAGGAAAGGAAUAAAUGUGUUAUGACCAGACUUCACGGUCGCAAUUAUGAGCGACCGAACGUGGAAAAUUGUCGGGAUGAGGCCCAGUACGCUUUGAUGGCAGAGGCUAAAUUUAUAAAAGAAUCGUCCGCGUCGCUGCAAGACAAGUUGAGGCAAGCAGAAGCGGUGAGGUCGGAGCUGAUGAAGUAUCGAGGAGAGUUAGAGAAGGACAUCGCUUGUAAGCGCAAGAGUCUCAAUAUAGACAAGGAUCGAUGCGCCAGAGUUCGCGCUCACAUGCCCACUCCAGAAGAAUUCGCAGGAGGUUAAAAUAUGAAUUACAUACGACUUUAUUUAACUGUUAAUAAAAACAAAUAACAAUA